GUGUUAUUCCUGUGUGCUGUGCCUGCUGGUAGACUAAAUUUUAACAGAACCAAAGACUUUCCGUCGUAAUUUAAAUUUAAAAAACUGUACAAGGAAGAAAAUUGUUGUGUGCAAUGUUGUGAAAGAUGUUCAUAUGAAGAAACGGAAUAGCAGUACCAAUUUAUGAGGAGGAUAUCAACAAGUGUACUUCCUUGAUAUCAUCCGAAAAUGGCGUUUAGAACUUCAUCAAUUAUUCAACGAUUAUGCCUAAUACUGGUACUAUUUGUCUACUGUGCCCAUGGUUCUGCAAUUUUAAACGAUGAUUUUGUUUCGUAUGAACUCGUAGAUGCCCAAUCUAAAGUAGACAAUGAAGACAGUUUUUUACCAGACAUGGUUUUUGUGGACACUGGUAAUAACGUGAGACUUAAAAGACAGUUAAGACCAGAUGUGAAUUCUUCAAGCCCUGUCAGUGUUGAAGAUGAUGACAAGACGAAAGCUAAUGGUCCUCCUAAGAAGGUACAAAGCGGCUUUAACACUACCACUACAGGUAGUGGGAAACCCAGCAAAUUUGAUGGCCCCAGUCCCAUCAGUGGUGUAUACCCUGAUAAAAAAACUGGAAAAUCUCCCAGCUCACCUAAAGCAGUGGCGUCAAUUAGUGUGGAGACAAAGGACCCAACAUCAAGUCCAGCUUCAUCUACCAGCAGCCCAAUAACUGUUGCCAGCCCUUCUGUGAAAAAUGUUACUGCUGAAAAGCCAUCUCCAACAAGGGAGUCCUCUUCUGCUGCAAAGUGGCCCAACAGCGGCCAUUCAAUAGAGCACGAUGAUACCCAUGAUGGUGAGGUUCUCGAGUCUGAUGUGUUUCCUGACGAAAUAACCAAUACUACCCUGGCUCAGCAACAUGUUAAAAACAAAACAGAGGAUCAUCACACCUACUAUAACAGCUCAUUGUACUUAAUCCAAGACUUGUCACCAUAUUGGGUGGAUAUGGACUCUCAGCCAAAGGCAAUAACUAAUAACAUGCUGUCUCAAGCACAUCGUAGAGCUGCUACUGUAGCUUUGACGUUUGACUUUCCCUUUUACGGACACUUGGUGAAAAAUGUUACAAUUGCCACAGGAGGCUUUUUAUAUACUGGCGAAUAUGUGCACAGUUGGCUUGCUGCUACCCAAUACAUCGCUCCUCUCAUGGCCAACUUUGACACUAGUAUCUCCAAAGAUUCUUUUGUCAAAUAUGUUGACAAUGGUACUGCAUUUACUGUCGAAUGGUGCAAGGUUGUGCUUCAGGACCGACCUACUCAAGGAAACUUCUCAUUUCAAGUGACACUGCACAAAACUGGAGACAUAGUUUUUGUAUACAAAAAUGUACCAGUUGAUAUUGACAAAAUCAAAGAUGACAACCACCCUGUGAAAGUGGGUCUCUCUGAUGCUUACAUCAUCGACCGCACUAUCUUCUUUGUGAGACGUAAAACAAUCUACGAAUAUCACCGUGUCAACUUUGCCAAUAUUCAGAAUGGCACAGUCAUCUACCUCCGUGCCCUUCCAACAUGCCUUGAUAUGAAAGAUUGCACUUCAUGUCUCACAAAAAUCACCAACUUUGAGUGUAACUGGUGCCCAAGUGCUCGCCGCUGUUCCAAUGGUAUGGAUAGAUACCGUCAGGAUUGGCUUCUGAAGGGUUGUGAACCCACUGAUGCGAAUGCUGGAAAAGUUAAGCAGCGAAGUGAUCAAUGCACUGAUGACGAAGUAAUUAUACCUGACACCAAUCAUGUUCAUGAAAUAGAAGAGCCCAUUCCUCACAGCAAAGCAGCCAAGCAGUCUCAAGAUGUGCGGAUCGAUGCGAGCCAAGAACAAGUGGCAGAUGAAGUAGGUGUGAGCAUGUCUGGUGUUGUUGGAAUUCUUCUCCUUGUUGUGCUUGUCUGCAGCAUUGGUUUGUGGGUCUUGUAUGCAUACAGGCAUCCCCACAGUACAUCUGGACAAUGGCUUAUAAGGUACCGUCCAAGUACAUGGAGUUGGAGACGCGGCGAAGCACGCUACACAGCAGCCACAAUUCACAUGUAAAACUUUUAGACAAUUUUGAAAUUUAAGAGCCAUUUUUAUUAAUUUUUGACAAGAUCUGUGAGAAGACACUAAAUCAAGCAUAUCAAAGGACAGGCCCCUUUCUGAAUUGUCUUUUUUCUCUACUUUUUGCACUAAAUAUUAAUGUGAAUUUCUUGCCAGAUAUACUUUUUUUUAUACUUUCUGUGGUGGAUCGUUUGUUGUCAUGUUGGGAGCCAUGCGUGAUAAGAAUCUUUUUUGUUGAGGAUUACAGUUCUGUGGAAAAAAUUUGGAGUUAAAUGUUAGCCUAAUUCAAGUCAUAGCUUGAAUAUUUGAGUCACAAAUUUAGUUUUGAUACGAUUAUGUAUGAUUUUAUAUCCUUUUAGACUGUUCCAGCAGUUCUGACAAUCAAUGUGGAAAAUGUUGAUAUUAUCUGGUGUCUAAUUACUGUACCCUAGGUAGUUUAUAAUAAUCCCAAUUUUUUUUAUUCUUUACCCUGAAGUUUGUGUCUGUAAGUCUUAUUACCAUUACUUUUAGUCUCUUUUUUCUUCUUUUUUUAAAAACUUGUCUUUUUCUAUUUUUACUCGCAGCUUUUAUGAUCUGCUAUUAUUUAGUAAUGGACGUCGAGUUAUUGUUUUGCUUACUUAUGCAGAAAUAUUGCUAACAAUAUCCAGUGUUACCUAUGAUGUGUUUUACACUGAAAGAAGUUUUGCUUCCUUUUUAUGUGUUGGUCUUGUGCCUAUUUUCUGGGAGGAAGUCAAGCUUUUUCUUGUGUUGCUAUGAAGUGACCUCACACACUCUCAUAUCUAACACUCAUGUGCUUGGCAAUUUGCUUUAUCUUUAUCGGGUAUGAAAUUAUAUUUGUUGCGGCUGUGUAAACCGGUUUAAUGGCACUGUGAAUUAAUAUCACAAUUCUUCAUUGUGAAUAUGUUACAAAUUGGUUUUCCUUAGAUGAGAGAAAGGUUAUUUAGAAUAGUACUAUUUGAGAGCAGUGCCACACUUGGUGGCAUUAAGGGGUAUCCAUGGUUCAGCAUGUACCUACACUUUCUUCCAAUGCUGAUGAGGUAUUUGUGCAAUACAGUAAUUUAUUUUGAAAUUGUUGAUGACUUCAACAACUUUCUGACUAUUUCUGUACAUCCAUAUUUUGAAUGAACAAAGGGACUGAUGACUGAAGUACAACUGAAUAUUGUCGAUACAAGUGCACUUAGUAGAUUUUGAGAAAGAGCACAAUAUUUAAUGGUUAAUGUCAGUGAAAUUUAAGGAUCUAUUGUGUUGUGUUCAAGGACAAGUAGAAAAGCUCUUGUCAGCUUAUACUAUUAUAAGGAGGUUGCUGUGAUUUUGCAACUGUGACUGAAGUGAAAUCAUUGUACCUACUACCAUUGAGAUAUUAAUUUACCUUGUUCAUGACAAUGACUGGUUUUUAACAAGCACUGGUGUUGAGAGGCAGGAUAGUCUGGGUAAAUCACUUCACAAAUGCAAAAUUUUCAAUUCUAAUCAGUUGUUUUAAUUUGUUGAAUUUUUCUGUCACAUCACUGUUAAAAUUCUUUUUACCGUUAAUUUUUUUUUUACCCUACUCAUUUAAAGGUUCUGUGAAUGCUAUGGUAAAUUUUUGCAGCUAUUUGCAUCCUAUCAUUUACCAUCCAUUCACACCACCAUUUUACUUUCAUCCAGUGGUGGUGUAUGUUGCUGUGGAACCUCCCAGAGGAAAAGCUUUGUUCUACCCAAGUGAUUCAUUGUUUAUAAAAAUAUAUAAAAUGUGCAUAAAAUAUAUAUAUAUACAUAUAUAUUUAUAUGUUGUUAUCUAGUGCUGGUGGUGAUAAUUCUAACCUUGAAAUGAAAACUUUUAGACAGACACGGACAGAUUAUGUGACUUGUUUAGGUCUUACUUUUUAGUGUGUGCAUACCCUGUGAGCACAGUAUCAGUUUUGACAUUGGUGGAGAAGGGUGGAUUGUGGUUUCUAUUUUUGGCAGCUUUUUCUUUUUAAAUAACAUCUAAUAUAUUUUAUUUUUGUAUUUUCCUAUUGUCCUACUUCAACUUUGACUGUUACAUUACUCCAAUUUUCUAAUGUAUGUAUCUCCCUCUCAGAAAUCAUUUUUUCCCUUUGGACUUCAGGGUUAUGCAUGCAUAUCAUGAGACUAUAGAAUUGUAUUGAAGUAAAUGCAAGUGGAGGGCUGUCUGGUAACACAUCAAAAUCAUACUUUGCCUGUUAACCUGGUCAUCCAUUUCUGGUUUAAAUUUUUAAUGUGUUUCUUGAAUGUUGCACCCAUUUUGAUCUGUAAUAUAUCAGGCAGCUAGAAUUGCAGCUAUAAUUAGCCUACUUUUCCAGGGCUUUUGUUGGUUGUAUUGGUUGUGACUUGUGCUCAUUUCUUGAUGCUGGUUUCAGCAACUGAUUUUGAUAUUCUCUUUGUGCAGUUAAAUGAACAAGCCUUCUUUGUUGACCAAAACAAGUACAAUGACAGGUCUUUGACAAAAUUUAUUCUGUUUUCCCAUACAUAUAUUCUGAAUGAGGUCAGCAAGCAAUUGUUUUUUCUUGGGGGGGCUAUUCUUUUAUGGAAAUGAAUUUAGGUACUGUAGUGUGGAUGCAGGAGUUAUUCGUUUGUAUAAAGACCAAAUAUAUUUAUGACAGUUACACUAUUAAAGUUUGCUGUUUUAAUAUUUGUUAACAUUACAUCACAUCUUUGUAUUGAACAAUUUUCUAGUGAUCUAAUGUCCAUAGUAAGCAUUUAAUCAAAUUUAACAAAUGUCUCCAUAGGAAAUUUAACUCAGUUGUUCUGAGUUGCUCAAUACUAAUGCCCGUGUAUGAAUUUCAAUAUUAUUCAAGUAUUGUCCCAGUUUAUAAAAUUCAGUUGUGUUCUACGGAGGUUUUGUUUGAGCUGAGACACUUCGGGUAAUGUGUUGACGUAAUAACUUUAACUAUUGGUUGUUUUAUCUCCAACAUCUUGUUUCGUAUGCACUGGAAGUUGGACACUAUUGGUUGUGAAUGUAUCAUUCCUGUCUUGAUACUUUUGCAAUUGGUUGUGAUGUGUUCAAAAGUCAGGCGCUACCUCUCUGAACCUCUGUUUAGUCAGGCAUUUCUAAUGUGUAAAUUUUUCAUCUGUAGGUUACAACAGAGAGCAAAAGUCUUCCUUACAGACUUAUGUAAUGUAUAUCCUUAAGUUUGUGAUGAUAAAUAUACAAAUUUUAAAUUAUAAAUAAAUAA